AUGAUGCGGAUCGCGAUAAGAAGGUCAACACGAGGCAUCCUCGACAGCAAAUCCAAGGCGCAAGCGUCAACAAAAGAGACCGACGCUGAAGAUGUCGAGAAGAAGCCGCCGCCAGAGGAGGACCCCUGCCCGUCAGCCUGCCCUAUCUGCCAGGAGUCCGUAGGCGAGCCCACGGCCGACGGCAUCACCGAGACGUGGGCCUCGCUCCCGUGCGGCCACGCCUUCGGCUCCGGCUGCAUUAAGACGUGGCUCGCCAUAACCGACCACCCGACCUGUCCCAUCUGCCGCCUCUCCAUGGCCCACAGCUGCCGCCAUCCCGUCCUCCCCUUGCUCGAGCCGCCACCCAACCGGUUCGGCUCGAACUCGGCCGCGGCGCGGGUGGCGGCGCCCACGCCCCCGCCGAGCUCCGCCGCCGCCGCGUCCUCCUCCCUGCUGUCGUCCCGCUCCCUGUACCACCAGUACCUGAUGCCCCGGGGGACGGUGACGGCGGCGGCGGCGGCGACGCCGCCGUCGCCGGAGAAGUGGCGCUGGCAGGGGCGCAAGCUCUCGGGCCAGUGUGGCUUCUGUGCCUCGCUCCGCGCCAGACCGCCGCUGGCCCUCCGGUUGGCGGCGGCGGCGCUAAAGCUGGCGCUGUCGAGGUCGCGGCGCGGCAGGCGCAUCGUGGCCAUGCAGCCGUCCAUGUACUACGGUGAGAGCGAGCACGACCAUUGGCGCGUCGCCUUCCGCGACUGGUGGUCGCAGCAGGAGCCGAAGCUGGACGAGCCGCCGGCACCCGAGGUCGAGGCCUCGCCGGCAGCGACGACGGCAGGGGUAGUGGCGGGGGCGGAGGCGGAGGCGGAGGUAGAGACGGCCACCCCUGUCGCGACCGGGCAGGAGAACCAAGCUGCGCUGACGACGGGCGUGGCGGCGCCGGUGACGACGGAAUCAUAUUGUUAA